GCCCCUCAACUGCGUCACAGGAUCAGGCAGCUUGGAAGCUGAACGUGAUGCUAAUUCUACCUGAAUACAUCUCCUGGCCAUUCCAUGGAUGAGCCUUUCUCCUCAAGGAAACACAAUAUACCGCCACCGCAAAUGCGGCAGUGUUGUCUUUCGAAUAGUCGCCAGUGCAGAUACUUGUCAUCUGUCUGAUAACGAAAGUUCUAGCCCCCAAGUGCCCACUACAACCGAUCGCCCAUACUCUCGCCACAUAUAGCGGUCCUCGGACGAAGAUGGAGUCAAAUAUGCCCGGGGUUGACAUGGGUCGCUAUCGCCGCAUAGUGCAGAUGUUCUGGGACCCCGAGCCUUGCAAUGACCAGGUUGACGAUCAGCCUGUGUGGUGUCUGGGCAACUCGUAUACCUUGAACACGAAGGACAGUCGAACAAGACCAGAGACUGGCCAUGCCACCUCGCACCUGGUAGCAGACAGAGAAGCGCGAACGAAACACGGAGAUACAGUAGUCCCAGGAAAUGCCCCGGAAACUCCACCAGAGUCGCAAACGAGCAGCUUCUCUUCUUCUUCUCUCGCUUACGACGAGGCCAUGAAUCAAGAUGGGGGGUGGCCGUCAGCUUUCUUGGAUGAUUUUGAAUCAAAGUUUUGGAUGACAUACAGAUCCGACUUUGAACCUAUUGCAAAGUCUACUGAUCCUCGUGCAGCAUCGGUCCUCUCGUUGUCAAUGCGGAUCAAGAGCCAGUUCAUGGAUCAAGCCGGCUACUCAUCUGAUAGUGGAUGGGGUUGUAUGAUUCGAUCAGGACAAAGCCUAUUAGCCAAUGCCAUGGCUGUUUUGGACCUUGGUAGAGACUGGCGUCGUGGUGUCGCAGCAGAAAAAGAGCGACAGCUACUGUCCAAAUUCGCCGAUGAUCCGAAAGCACCCUACUCGAUUCAUCGGUUCGUGCAGCAUGGCGCGGUCGCGUGUGGAAAAUAUCCUGGGGAGUGGUUUGGUCCUUCAGCUACAGCCCGAUGCAUCCAAGCCCUGGUCAACGCGAAUGAGCCCCAUCUUCGGGUGUAUUCAACGGGCGAUGGACCGGAUGUAUAUGAAGAUAGGUUCUUCGACAUCGCAAAGCCCAGCGGUGAAACAUUCCAUCCAACUCUCAUCCUCGUUGGGACGCGGCUCGGCAUUGACAAAAUCACACCUGUAUAUUGGGACGCGCUCAUUGCAGCCUUACAGAUGCCGCAAUCAAUUGGCAUUGCCGGCGGGCGACCUUCAUCGUCCCACUAUUUUAUCGGAGCGCAGGGUUCUUUUCUUUUCUACCUCGAUCCCCAUCACACCAGGACCGCACUACCAUAUUAUCAGGAUCCUACCCUGUAUGCCCAGGCGGACGUGGAUUCUGUCCACACUCGCCGGCUCCGCCGACUACACGUCCGAGAGAUGGACCCCAGCAUGCUGAUCGGUUUCGUCAUCCAUGAUGAGGACGACUGGGAUGAAUGGAAGCGAACUGUCAAGCACGUCCAGGGCAAGGCCGUCAUCCACGUAGCAGACUAUGAUCCUGUCCGUCACGGAGCGGCCGGGGGUCGUGCGGGUGCCAUCGAUGAAGUCGAGCUGCUGAGCGAUGACGACGAAGGCACUGUUUCGGGAGCCUGAAUGGCCCUGCUCUCCACACAACAUUAGUGCGAUGAAGUGGUAGCAUAUCACUGGUGUGACUCUUGGGCGUUAGGUUGAGCCAAGGAUAUUCAUGGAUUGACGCAUCUAAAGACAAGCAUGCGGUGGUGUUUAUGGAGUGGGUCUUGGGUCUGCUUUAAUGGAGUUGUAUGAUCUAUCCAUCAAUAUUACUCUGUGGUUCCUUUCG